CCUUCUUUAUUCUCUCACUCAACUCAACUCAACUCGGUCUCACUCGCACCAAUCCAUCUUCUUUCUUUCUUUCUCGGUAUCGUAUAAAAAAGACAAGGAAAGGGCUUGAGCAAGAAGUCGAGAAAGUUUAGGUGAAGAAUCAAAUCACUCAACUAAUUGAAUCCUACCUUACCUUUGCUAGCUAGCUAGAGCUACACAAUUUUUAGUUGUAGAAUUUUUUUGCUGUAUGACAGCGAAAUACUACAGUGACAGUUAUUACGGUGAGCUUGCUAACCCUUUACAAUGGCCACAGCUCAGGAAAAGGCGACGCCUACUUCCUUUGCGUCUGCUGCUGGAAAAGCAGCAGCAGCAGAUGGGGUCUUGCAGAGCUGGACCGAUCCCUCCCAGGAUCCCAUCACCAAGAGAUCACCCACCUCGGUUUCCCUGAUCCGUCCUGUUUCCUCCCUCUCACCUGAUCCUAAUACUAAAGGGAUUACGAUAAUGACGAGGGCGCAAACCUGCCACCCUUUAGAACCACUAACUGCUGCUGAGAUUUCUGUUGCAGUGGCAACUGUUAGGGCAGCUGGAGCAACCCCUGAGGUGAGGGAUAGCAUGCGAUUUGUGGAAGUAGUUUUGGUGGAGCCUGUCAAGCACGUGGUUGCAUUGGCAGAUGCGUAUUUCUUUCCUCCUUUCCAGCCUUCAUUACUUCCCAGAACGAAAGGUGGACCAGUGAUUCCCACUAAACUUCCUCCGAGACGAGCAAGACUUGUUGUUUACAACAAAAGGUCAAAUGAGACAAGCAUAUGGAUUGUUGAACUGGCAGAAGUUCGUGCAACAACUCGAGGUGGCCACCACAGGGGCAAAGUCAUUUCAUCUGAAGUUGUUCCGAAUGUUCAGCCUCCCAUGGAUGCUGUGGAAUAUGCUGAAUGCGAAGCUGUGGUGAAAGAUUUCCCUCCAUUUCGCGAGGCAAUGAAAAAGAGGGGUAUUGACGACAUGGAUCUUGUGAUGGUGGACCCUUGGUGUGCUGGAUAUCACAGUGAUUCUGAUGCUCCUAGCCGCAGGCUUGCUAAACCUCUUAUCUUUUGCAGAACUGAGAGUGACUGCCCUAUGGAAAAUGGUUAUGCCCGUCCGGUUGAAGGAAUCCAUGUUCUUGUUGAUAUGCAAAAUAUGGUCGUGAUUGAGUUUGAAGACCGUAAACUGAUUCCCUUACCGCCUGCUGAUCCAUUGAGAAAUUAUACUUCAGGCGAAACUCGAGGAGGUGUUGAUAGAAGUGAUAUUAAACCUCUACAGAUCAUUCAACCCGAAGGUCCAAGUUUUCGUGUCAGUGGACACUUCAUCGAAUGGCAGAAGUGGAAUUUUCGUAUUGGUUUCACACCCAGGGAGGGCUUAGUCAUCUAUUCUGUUGCAUAUGUUGAUGAUGGUCGAGGUCGGAGACCUGUGGCUCACAGGUUAAGUUUUGUUGAGAUGGUGGUCCCUUAUGGAGAUCCUAAUGACCCACACUAUAGGAAGAAUGCAUUUGAUGCUGGAGAAGAUGGACUGGGUAAAAAUGCACAUUCUCUUAAGAAGGGUUGUGAUUGUUUAGGCUAUAUAAAGUACUUCGAUGCACACUUUACAAAUUUCACAGGAGGUGUUGAAACGAUUGAGAACUGUGUUUGUUUACAUGAAGAGGAUCAUGGGAUCUUAUGGAAGCAUCAGGAUUGGAGAACAGGAUUAGCAGAAGUCCGACGUUCUAGAAGGCUUUCAGUGUCUUUUGUUUGCACUGUUGCUAAUUAUGAGUAUGGAUUUUUCUGGCACUUUUAUCAGGAUGGAAAAAUUGAAGCCGAGGUUAAACUAACUGGAAUUCUUAGCUUAGGAGCACUUCCACCUGGAGAAACUCGAAAAUAUGGAACAACAAUUGCUCCGGGAUUGUACGCACCUGUCCAUCAACACUUUUUUGUGGCACGUAUGGAUAUGGCUGUUGAUUGUAGACCUGGUGAAACAUUCAAUCAGGUCGUUGAGGUGAACGUUAAAAUUGAAGAGCCAGGAAAGGAUAAUGUCCAUAACAAUGCAUUCUAUGCUGAAGAGGAACUGCUCAGAUCUGAGUUACAAGCAAUGCGAGAUUGUAAUCCAUUAUCUGCUCGCCAUUGGAUUAUCAGAAACACAAGAACUGUCAACCGGAGCGGGCAGCUAACAGGUUACAAGCUGAUGCCUGGUUCAAACUGUUUACCGUUAGCUGGUUCUGAGGCAAAAUUCUUGAGAAGAGCUGCUUUCUUGAAACAUAACCUUUGGGUUACGCCAUAUGCACGUGAUGAAAUGUAUCCUGGAGGCGAGUUUCCUAAUCAGAAUCCACGUGUUGGUGAGGGAUUGGCUACUUGGGUGAAGCAAAAUCGAUCACUUGAAGAAACUGAUGUAGUUCUUUGGUAUGUAUUUGGUGUUACACACAUUCCUCGGCUAGAAGACUGGCCUGUCAUGCCAGUGGAACGAAUUGGUUUUAUGCUUAUGCCACAUGGGUUCUUUAAUAGCUCACCGGCGGUUGAUGUCCCUCCAAGUGCAUCUGAUCUGGAUCUCAAGGACAAUGUGGUAGCCGCAAAGCCAAUCCAGAAUGGGCUUCUCGCUAAGCUCUGAACAGUUGGGUGCCACUUACUUUUCCUUGAAAAAGUUAACAAUUGUCCCAACUUCUAGCAAAUGCUCGUUGAUUAUUAUUAUUAUUAUUAUUAUUAUAUGCACCGUUGCUUGGCGUGGCAUACCUUUGUCAUGGGCGCAUCUUCACGAAGAAUUACUUCUAUAUAUUGAAAUUACGUUAAUAAGAUCAUUUAUUGGGGGCGGUUGUCAUUGUUA